UGGCUGGAGGUUAGUUAGGCUGUUGCGCUGCAGAGCUUGUGGACGCGGCGGCGUACAGCAGCGCACCAAACCCGGCCAACUUCACGACAAACCAGCCAUGUCGGAGCGAAGGAGGAUCUCCGGAUCUGACAGCGCUCAGUCUCACUACUGCUGAGCGCGCGCGUGUGAGGGACGCUGCUGCUUUUCUGGCUGUGUGGAUAGCGCCUUCAUGGACGGGCAACGGAGCUUUUACGAGAUGGAGAACCCGACGGAGAACCCGAGCAAGGCGGCGGAGUAUCUGAAGGAGCUGAAUAAGAUAAUCGAGACCCAGCAGGGGCUGCUGGAGAAGCAGAGGGACCGGAUCGAUGAGCUGGAGCUCCAGGUGACGGAUCUUUGCAAGGAAAACGCCUGUCUGAAAGACCAGCACCAGCGGCACCUGGCCACCUGCAGACUCCAGCAGGGCAGCCACUCCACCCUGGGAGCCAUCAAGGAGAAUGUCAUGCAGGAAAAGCGACACUUCUCAUUGCCUGUAGAAGUCUCAGAGAUCCCUCUAAACCUUAUUGCCCCUCCAUGUAGAAGAAGUUACCCCUGUCGCAAAUGGAAGUCUGCAUCUUUUGGUGUGGAAGGUGAUGCUCCAGGCAGCGAGGUGGGCGCCUCUGUGGAUCCCAUCGGUGGCUACAGUUGUGUCCCAGUGACCCACAGCGGCGGGCUCGGCCCCGACCACCUGGACAGCCAGCUCUACGGACAUAUCUUCCUGCCCGGCCACCCGCGGCCUCGCCGACCCAAGCUCCAGCACUCCCAGUCCAUCCUCCGCAAGCAGGCAGAGGAGGAGGCCAUCAAGCGCUCCCGCUCGCUGUCAGAGAGCUAUGAGCUCUCAUCAGACCUACAGGACAAGCAGGUGGAGAUGCUAGAGCGUAAAUAUGGUGGCCGUUUCAUAACCCGGCAUGCAGCCCGCACCAUCCAGACAGCCUUCCGCCAGUACCAGAUGAACAAGAACUUUGAGCGUCUUAGAAGUUCUAUGUCUGAAAACCGUAUGUCCAGACGGAUCGUCCUAUCCAAUAUGAGAAUGCAGUUUUCCUUCGAAGGACCUGAAAAAGUCCACAGCUCCUACUUUGAGGGAAAGCAGGUCUCGCUGACAGAUGACGGCACCAAAAUCGGUGCACUGGUGCAGUCAGAGCAUGGUGGGGAGAUGGGCAUGCAGGCCAAGACCCCUACAACACAGAGUGACUUCACAGACGCUAUCACAGAACUAGAAGAUGCCUUCUCCAGGCAGGUCAAAUCUCUAGCUGAGUCCAUAGAUGAUGCUCUAAACUGUCGCAGUCUGCAUGGUGACGACAACCAGUCGGAGCCAGGGAGAGGCCACCAGGAUAUGGACAGGGAGGUCAGCUGCCAGGUGAAACCCUCCCACAGCGCUUCAGAACACCGCAAACUAGACGAGAUGACGGCGUCUUACAGCGAUGUCACCCUUUACAUUGAUGAAGAGGAACUGUCACCGCCACUGCCCCUGUCUCAAUCUGUAGACCGGCCCUCCAGCACAGAAUCGGACAUGCGUCAGCGUUCCCUCAACUCUUCCCAGGACUACUGGUCACUGGCUCAUAAGGAUGACAAAGGGGACACGGACACCAGCUGCCGCAGUACACCAUCUCUGGAGUGCCAAGAGCAGCGCUUGCGGGUAGACCACCUACCCUUACUGACCAUUGAGCCUCCGAGUGACAGCUCGGUGGAGCUGAGUGAUCGUUCUGACCGCAGCUCUUUGAAAAGACAGAAAGCCUACGACCGGAGCCUCAGUAACCAGCAGAGCAGCCCCAAACACAUCAGCCACAGCCUGCCACCCAGAGGGCCUUCCAGAGAAGAGGAUGUCACCCGCCAUCGGCCACGACAAAUGGAGGCCCACCUGGCCAUCAAUGGCACCACAAACCGGCAGAGCAAGUCAGAGUCCGAUUUCUCUGACGGCGACAAUGACAGCAUCAACAGCACAUCCAACUCCAAUGACACCAUCAACUGCAGCUCUGAGUCCUCGUCCAGGGACAGCCUGAGGGAGCAGACGCUCAGCAAGCAGACGUACCACAAAGAGACUCGCAACAGCUGGGACUCACCUGCAUUCAGCAAUGACAUAAUCCGCAAGAGGCACUACCGCAUUGGCCUAAACCUCUUCAACAAGAAACCAGAAAAAGGCAUCCAGUAUCUGAUAGAGCGAAACUUUGUUCCAGACACUCCAGUGGGUGUGGCCCACUUCCUGCUCCAGAGGAAAGGCUUGAGUAGGCAGAUGAUUGGAGAGUUCCUGGGUAACAGACAGAAACAGUUCAACCGAGAUGUCCUCGACUGUGUGGUGGAUGAAAUGGACUUCUCAGGUAUGGAGCUGGACGAAGCGCUCAGGAAAUUCCAGGCACACAUCAGAGUGCAGGGAGAAGCACAGAAGGUUGAGCGGCUGAUAGAGGCCUACAGCCAACGCUACUGCAUCUGCAACCCUGGUGUGGUGCGACAGUUCAGGAACCCCGACACCAUCUUCAUCCUGGCCUUUGCCAUCAUCCUCCUCAACACAGACAUGUACAGCCCCAAUGUCAAGCCUGAGAGGAAGAUGAAGUUGGAGGACUUUGUUAAGAACCUUCGAGGAGUGGAUGAUGGGGAGGACAUCCCCCGAGAGAUGCUGGUAGGGAUAUAUGAGCGUAUACGCAAGCGAGAGCUCAAGACUAAUGAAGACCAUGUGUCCCAGGUUCAGAAAGUGGAAAAACUCAUUGUUGGAAAAAAGCCGAUUGGCUCGUUACACCAUGGUCUGGGCUGUGUACUAUCCCUACCCCACCGAAGACUGGUCUGUUACUGCAGACUUUUUGAAGUGCCCGACCCCAACAAACCACAAAAGUUGGGACUGCACCAAAGGGAGAUCUUCCUCUUUAAUGACCUGCUAGUGGUUACUAAAAUUUUCCAAAAGAAGAAAAACUCUGUGACAUACAGCUUUCGGCAGUCCUUCUCCCUUUAUGGCAUGCAAGUGCUGCUCUUUGAGAAUCAGUAUUAUCCCAAUGGAGUCCGUCUGACCUCGGCCAUUCCUGGAGCUGACAUCAAAGUCCUCAUCAACUUCAAUGCACCCAAUCCUCAGGACCGCAAAAAGUUUACUGACGAUUUGCGAGAAUCUAUUGCUGAAGUCCAAGAGAUGGAGAAGUACCGAAUAGAAUCUGAGCUAGAAAAACAGAAGGGGGUGGUGAGGCCCAGCAUAUCCCAGAGUUCAGGGUUGAAGAAGGAAACAGGCAACGGCAACCUGAGCCGAGCAAGCCUCGAUGACAGCUACGCCGUUGGUGAAGGUUUGAAGAGGAGCGCCCUCAGCAGCUCCCUACGUGACCUCUCAGAUGCAGGCAAGCGUGGGAGACGCAGCAGUGCAGGAUCACUAGACAGCAAUAUGGAAGGGUCCAUCAUUAGCAGUCCUAACAUGCGGCGGAGAAACCCCUCCAGCCGAGACUGCCCGUCCCGCCACAGUGGCCAGUCCCUGCCCAACUCCUCUUCACUGCUCGGAUCUUUGUUUGGCACCAGGCGGGUGAAGUCCCCCAGCCCCACCCCGCAGCCCCUACACCCCACCCUCAUCUCCCACCCCCACCCUGCCAACCUGCACCACACGGCCCGGGUGGAGACGGACACGCCGGUCCCCAUGCACCCGCACCACGCCCAGUUCUGCCAUAUGACCCAGAACCCCCCGCCUUACCACCACCACCACCACUACCACCCGCCGGCCCACUUGCAGCACCCUCCGCACCAGUACCACCCGCCCCCUUCUCACGGCCAGCAGCCGCCCUACCCGCCUCACGCACAGCACAGCCACGGGAGCCACGCAGCACACUCCUCCCACCCCACUCACGGCCCCCACCACCACGGCCCGCCGCCGGCACCCUCCCAGGCCCCCAGCAGCACCAAGCCCAAGCACAGCGGCAUCAGUACGGUGGUCUGAGGCGCACAGGGGCUUUCUGGGCGGUCUGACUGAACUGUGAUUUUACUCUGAAGCUCUCGGCUGACGAGACGGUCGCACUGUGCAUCGCUGGUCUGGGGACGUGAAGCCAGACGAGUUCCCGUGCCUCCUUCAGCAUUUUUUGUUACGCUUGUCUCUGGGGCAUUUUAUUCAAUAUAAACACGUUUCUUUUCCGGUUGCUCCUUUCAUUUCAUUUCAGGUCACAAGUCACGUCUGCCUGCUUCAAGAGCAACAGACGAGAACGCAAGAGCAUGCACAAAGACCACAACAACUGUUUCUCCUCAGUAAAUUAAAGGAACAUGAUCAAAUAUCUUGCUUACUGGUAUUUUACAGAAGAAGUAAAUAGUUAUCUUGACUUUAACAUCUACAAAGUGAUUUUAUCUAGUGUGAGGGUGGUUUGACUGAGCAGACAGACAGACAGACAGACUGUCAUCCUCAGCAGUAGCUGUACGAGUAUUUAAUGUAGCGGUAGCUCACAGUGCACUGUGAUAUCUCUAUUAGCAGUGAUAAAUGUGCCAAUUAUUGAAGCAUUUACUCAUUUAGUCACAAAAAAAUGCUUCAUGUGCAUAGUAUUUUGUAAAAUACAAAUAUCAACUGUUAUUAUAAUUAUUAUUAUUACAGAACAAAUCUCAUCAAUUAAAACUCUCAGUAUUAUACUCGCACAUAGGUGACGUAGUUUCACUGUUAAGAAACCAGUCAAAGCUUUUAAUAGUUAGGCUAUUCAGUAACCUGGAACACUACUGAAAGUGGUUGCCUUUGACUUAGGACUCUGUUCAGAUGGGCGCAGGCCGGUGCACACUGUCUCGGCCACUGCACUUGUCUUUGGUUCGGAGUUGCUCUCCUGCUCUGGAAAAAGGAAGCCACGGCAAGCUGCUGAGCAAACAGAUUCACCUGAAUGUCUGCCCUUCAGUACUGGCUGCUUGUUCGCCAUCAUUUCACUUUUUUAACUAUUUUUUUAGAACCCAAUAAACAAUAUGAAAUUCUCUAUAUGUUGUACUGCAACCUCGUAGGCUUUUUCAAGUCUGUUCUGCGGGAGGAGGAGGUUUUUGGUGUUUUUCAUAGAGACUGGAGGAGUCUGUGCAAACUGUGCAGCAGGGAAACAGCAACAUGACUGUUUGAAUGUCUCUCCUGAUGUGGAAGCUCUCAGCUGGCUGAGUGUGCCCUGUCCCUCGUUGGUUUCACUGUGCGUCUCUGGAGCAGCGAGCGUGUCGUGCAGCGCUGCUUACUCCCUCGAUCGGACUUUUCCUCGGAGCCACACAGACACCAAUGUACAAAAAUCAAUAAUUAUCAUUCUGUGAUGGUGACAGCACUCUUAUGCUUCACUCACCACAAAUGGCAGUUUUAUAUCAAUCACCUUUCUGACAUAUUAUGGGAUGGUUGUACCUCCCAGCCGUCCUGUGCACAGUAUCUGUGGUGUGUGUGCAGAGUGGGGGGGGGGCUUGGUGUGCUGGAGCAUAUUUUCUGUUGAAAGUGAUAGACACAGCACUUGUUCUACUUAGUUGAUAUCAGUAGCAGAAGUUAGUCUGUAUCUGCUUGAGACUGAGAUGGAUUUUUUUAAACUUGUAUGUGCAAUAUGUAUUUACUUUUUUUUGUCUAAGAGCAAUUGGUGGUUGUUUCAUUUUGUUUAGUUCUGUUAGUUUUGUCUUUUUUCCCCAGCGUCCUCUGUCAUUUCUUCCUCAGUGUUUCAGUGAAGUGCAAGUAUCCACAUGGAUUUGAAGAGACUGGACCUUCCACGCUGAAAAAGAAUGUCAAAGAAAAUAAUUGCAUGUAACAAUGUAUUUCGAGGCUAUAUUCUAACUAUUGUGUAUUCCCAAACUAUAUCAAUGUUACACUUGACAGUUGUUAAAAAUGAAUGGUAGAAUAGUUUUGACUUCUUCAAUUACAGCUAGCUGAAGUCAGUUAUGUAUUUGUGUCACUCCAGAGGAUAACCAAAUCUGUAUCUUUUCCUGAUCCACAUACAGUAGUUUACUGGAUCUUUAGUGUACAACAGUAGUUACAGCUGGGUGAUAUCACAGCUGUGAGGGGAAAGGUAGAGCAGGUCUGAUGAAAGAUGUACGCAGUCAUCUGGAAAUCAGAGUGAUAAUGGACAGACGGCUAUAAGUAUAAUGAAUGGAACUCUUUUAUCUUCAUAUUUAUCAUCUGUCUCUGUCAAUGGCUGCCACAUUGCUGUUGUCAAGUGAUAUCCAGUAGAUCAGUAUUCUUAAAAACUUCUUUCCUCAAGUUUUCAAGGUACUACUUUCUAAUAGGGUUUAUAAGUUAUAACUAAUGUAUUGGAUUAAUAAAGUUAAUUAACUGUUUACUAGUGAUUUAUACAUCAGUAAUAAGCCAUUCAUAAGAACAACUUUUGGGUUCCCAUGUUCUGAAAAAAUCCCCUAGGCUGGUAUUUAUCCUCCAGCUGAUUGGUGGCGGUAACGCCCAAAGAGGCAUAGCACUGUGCUGGCAAAGGCAGCGAAGGAGAAGACUGCAAACUAGCUAACAUCGAUGUAAACAUUGCACAAUGUAAAAUAUACCUACGUUUCAUGAGGAAGAAAAUUAAAGUGUCUCCCUUCGGGGAUCAAUAAACUAUUUCUGAUUCUGAUUCUGAAAAUGCAAGGAUACAUAAAAUGCAUUUAGCUGAGAAACACUGAAUGUAAACAUAACUUUUGUUCAUUUACAAGAAAACUCCACAGGGCAGCUUUAAGUCGUCAAACAGUCUCCAUGAUGAACUAAAGAGCAGGGCAGGGUUUUGUUUUAUAGUGGAGGCGGACCACCUCACCUGAAAUAAAGACCACCCCCACUAAACAACAUAUAAAGUGUAUUCACUUUUAUUAAAUAAAACAUUAACCAUCUGGGAAAAGAGCACAGGUGCUAUUUCUCACAGAAAGCCCCGUGUAUUUAUUGCCAUUGGCCGUCUUCUACUAACUAAACUGAUCACAGGACGAGCGUCAGGAUGUGGGUGGCUGGAGGAGUCUAAACACCUAAACAGAUUCAUCACAACCUGGUAACCCAAAUGCUGUCAAUAGCUAAUUACUGUCAACAGCUAAUUACUGAUCUAUAAAGCAUUAGUUUUUAUUAACCAUCAAUGAAGCCAUUAGUUACAACCUAUAAACUCUCUAUAAAGGGUGCCAUUUUCAAAAUGUCUCUCAUGAUCCAAAAUGUAAUUUGCGGGUUUUAUGUACCGUGGGCUACUCUAAAAUCUAAUAUUUGACUCUGAUCUGUCAAAUAUACCGCAUUUACAGCAUUUAAUCCAGCGUAGUUUAAGUUCUACGAACUCAGAGAAGUGCCAAUAUUGAGUGGUCAUAACAUUUUAAAUUAGUUUUAUACCAAAUAAAUUGGGGGUCAAAUUCAAUCGACCCACCACAGCCCCGCAGUUGACCAAUCACAACUUCUGUCUUCAGAGCAAAGUCUGAUUACUCGCUAGUUGUUAUGGAAUAAUGGUGCAGACGCCAGCCAAGAAGAAUCCUCGCUUUAUUAAAUAUGGAUGGUUCUCCGAAUUAUGUCUAGUGUUUUCAGUCCCGACCCUCCAGUUCCUUCCUUCCGACUGAUCUAUUGUAAACCUGUCCAGAUUCCGUGUGAGGUGCUUUGUUGCAUGCCAUUGAUGCCUGCCGUUUCUUUUCUUCUUCUUUUUUAAGUGUUGUUCUAUUGAGCAGCAGGCUUGACUAGACCCGAAACUGUCAGUGUAGCUUUGAUUUCUCUGACUGUUGAAUUUAGAUGAUUUCUGGCCUACUAGUGUGUCUUUUCAUUUAAAGUUGUGUCAUCCUACUCUGGCAUGCAUUUCACCUCUAUUUCCACUGUACAGUAUGAAGACAUGGCAGUAUACUGCUGAGUGUAAAUAGCAAAUCCAUCUGGGGAAAUCUAAUGUAACGUGAUGAGGGUUUGAAAGGGAGGAAGCAUUUUAAGGGUGACUGGGUAGUAAAGAAUGAGAAAGCAUAUGUAAAUAGUCUGUAAAUUAUUAUUAUUAUUAUUAUUAUUACUACUACUCAAUGUCAGUUACAUUGAAGGUGCAUUCCUGCUCCCCUCUGAUAUUUACAUAAUCAUCAACUGCUUCUCUCUGCCUCCGACAGGACUGAAUUAUCAUAGGAUCUAGAGAUGAACAGCCAACUGUUACACAGUUAACAGCGCUUCGUAUUUCCUGAGACGCUCCUGUUCUCUCACACUCACAGCCCACUUUUGAAGUCACAGGGAAGGGAGGAGUGCUCUUAUUUUAUUACGCAUUCUGUUUCUAAGUAGACAAAACCCUAUUGAUGUAAAACUAGUACUGUGACGAUGUGCGAGAACGCAAAAUAAAGCGAUAUACUGUCAAACCUGA